UUCCCCAUCCGCAUGUUCCGUCGGAAGUCGGCGCCCUUUACCUCUCGUCCAUUGGACUACUCCGCUGUCAGUCGGGCUAAGUCACGCUGAAAAGCGUCCGCCUCCCCGGCUCUCUGUCUGCUGAGAACGCCGUCAUACUGGCUGCUAGAGGCAGCAGCGACCACAGCUGAAGCGAAGACCCCCACCAUGACGAACGGGCUAUCUUGGUGGUUCAGGAUUGAUUGAACUUUAAUAUAUAUAUAUAUAUUUUAAGUAAUAUUUAACGUAUAGAUGCUGUCAUAUUCGGGAUGAUGCCUCCAGUUCGUCGCAUACGUUUAGUGCUUUCAUCCGACACCGUGGUCCGCAGAGGGGAUAUGUGUCUGACUUCUCUUAAUAGCCAUUUUUUGCAGACAAAGAGAGCUGUUGAGUAGGGCUUUCAGAAGGCACACGGGUCCCAGGGACUCCUUUUGAUGAAGAAAGUGGGCAACAUGUGGAGCAACCUGAAGAGCAAAUGCCAGACACUGUUUCACAACAACAGCUCAGGACUCAGUGAAAGCAGGGUUGAGGCAGAUGCUGUCCACUGUGUGGUGGAUCUUGGCCAAGGAGGCAGCUCAGGUGAUGCACAUGCAUCAGAAGCCUCCACCCCCUCAAGGAGCUUUUUACCGGUGCCAAUGGUAACGGCAGGACGUCGCCAUCACAACUGCGUGUCGGACAUCCCUCAGAUAGUAGAGAUCAGUAUUGAUAAGGACACUGAGGAUGUACAAGGAGGGUCAGGGGGUGUACCCCUGGCCCGUAGAGACUCCUAUUCCCGUCAUGCUCCAUGGGGGGGCAAGAAAAAACACUCAUGUUCCACCAAAACCCAGAGCUCUCUGGAGGGAGAUAGGCGAUCUGGACGUUUACGGGGGAGUGGAAACCGUAGGGACAGGCGUUAUGGAGUCGGCUCCUUCCAGGAAAUGAAUGACUCAGUAUCUGGAGGACGCAGUCUCAAUGCACGUUCUUUGCGCCAACGGCUGAGUGAUACAGUAGGACUGUGCUUACCCCUUCCUACUCGUAGACGCUCCCGUUCAGUUAAGAACCCUGUUACCUCCAAACGUAAAAUUCACCUUACAGAGCUCAUGCUGGAGACCUGCCCCUUCCCACCAGGGUCAGACCUGGCUCACAAGUGGCACUUGAUCAAGCAACAUACAGCACCUGUCAGCCCGCAUUCCUCCACUGCCCUGCUCGAUGCCUUUGACCCAGCCCAGACAUCUCCUGAGGAUGAAGAGGAACGUCUGCGUGAGCGCCGCAGACUUAGCAUCGAGGAAGGUGUGGACCCACCACCUAAUGCACAGAUCCACACCCUGGAGGCCUCAGUGCCGGGUUCCUCUCUCUACAAACUGGGACCAAAGUUGGCUCCUGGCAUCGGAGAGACCUCUGGGGAUGGUCGGGCCUUAGGAUCUGGCACCUCUGCGGGUGCUGGAUCCUCAGGGGCCUGUGGGCAGGUGCUGGGGGCGUCGGCCUCUGCCCAGGACUGUGAUUCUGAGGAGGAUUCGACCACCCUCUGUCUGCAGGCCAGAAGGCCCAAGCAGAGGCACGCUUCAGGAGACGGUCACCUCAGCCGGCAGCAACCUGGGCCCUGGAAGGUUCAUACUCAAAUAGACUAUAUCCACUGUCUGGUGCCGGACCUAUUGCAGAUCACAGCACUGCCCUGUUACUGGGGCGUGAUGGACCGCUAUGAAGCAGAGGCUCUUCUCGAUGGACGGCCAGAAGGCACCUUCUUGCUGCGUGAUUCAGCUCAGGAGGACUACCUCUUCUCCGUUAGCUUCCGUCGUUACAACCGCUCAUUGCACGCCCGCAUAGAGCAAUGGAACCACAACUUCAGCUUUGAUGCUCAUGACCCUUGUGUAUUCCACUCUUCCACCGUUACAGGACUGCUGGAGCACUACAAGGAUCCCAGCGCCUGCAUGUUUUUUGAACCCCUGCUUACAGCACCUCUCCAUCGAACCUUCCCCUUUGGUCUGCAGCACUUGGCACGAGCUGCCAUCUGCCGCUGGACCACAUAUGAUGGUAUAGGCUCUUUGCCGCUGCCCCCUGCCUUGCAGGACUUCCUCAAAGAGUAUCACUAUAAACAGAAAGUACGAGUACGUUGGCUGGAGAGGGAACCACCAGUCAAGGUCAAGUAGGGUGGGCUUCUCCAUUGCCUGUACACACACUGCACGAGGAUCACAGUACAUGAACUUGAAAUUCCUCAUUAGUUAAUUAGAGGCUUUACUGACAUGGCUCUUUUUUUCUGGUGAGGGAUGGAGUUUAAAUGUAACAAGCUAUACAAGAUUCAUUUUAAUCUUUGUUUUAGUUAGUACUUACAUCACAGAAAAUACAUAUAAUUAUAUUCAGUAUAAUGCUGUCUGGCAAACACACAUGUUUUUGUGUUGAACAGGUUGUUUUGAUAGGAAGGAAAGGCACAAAUAUCAGUGCUUUUUGUCUUUUCCCUCCUGCUUGUGCUAAAUGUCUGCCUGAUCCCACAUCACCCUGUAGACCUGCCUGCAUGCCUCCCAUGUUCAUCCCAAAUUGCUAUAUAGGCCCACAUAGGUAUGUUGUACAGUUCACUUUGUGCUUUCUUUAUUUUUUUAAUUCCUUUAGCUUGUCAAAGCACUUAGUGGAACAUCUUUCCAACUGGGCUUUAAGGUGUGGGGUUUGAGAGGGCAUCUGGAGGUGCUUGUGGUUUAUUACAGUCAAAGCUUUCCCAUGGAUAAAGCUGUACAAGGCACAUUCUUUGCCAUUUCUUUGCAUGUGUGAUUAUCAACUAAGCCAGACACGGGGACUGAUUUUAGGGGGUCCAUACAGUCAGGACAGCACAUCAGGGAAAUUAAGUGAUUUCCAAGGAUAAGAGUUUAAGUUCUUUGAAACACUGGUUCCUUCUUAAGCAGUAAUGAAUAAUAAUAAAUAGUCCAUGUCCUCUUUUGUGAACAUGCUCAAGUCCCCACCCCCCACUGUGCAGAACUUCUUUUGAAACAAAAAAUAAAGUCAGAGGAACCAGACUGUUAGUUAUUCAACUCUGCAUGGUGUUGUGCAGAUGUGCACCUAGUUUAUUUCUUCCUAUCUGAAGCUCCUAGGUUAACAAUUGAGCAGUCUGGUGUCUUCAUGCAGUUGUGCUAAGGUUUUAUUGGUUUUCAUUUUGAACACAUUUCCGUUAAUCAGCACUUCACAGUAGCACUCGAUUUCAUAGAAAGAUCUGUGUCCAAGUUGCUUAUUACUAUUUUAUGAGCAGAGAAUGAUUGUCAUGCCAAGUGGUGGUUGAAGACAAUCAAUGGACAUUUUAAGCAUUUUUUCUGUUUGGAAAAGUGAGGUUUCAUUGACUGGGGGCUCUCACAUAGAAGUUACCAUAUAGUAAAACAUCAUAAAUGGGUAGGAUGGAUAACGUAAGAUGACAUUGAACAAAAAUUCUCAAUGUCAGAUUUAUUUAAGUUCUCCUGAAUUUAUGUUAAGUUCAAAAAAAUAAUGUUAAAUGUGUUUAUUUGGAGAGAAAGCAACGCGUCUUGUCAUCAACAGGAAAGUUGUCGUGUGGGCUUGGGACUUGAUUCUCCCACUUUUUAAAUUAUUACACUGAGGUCUCGACCCCAGCAAAUCCCCUCACUGCCUAAUUCAUUUAGAGUCUUAGCUUUCAAACAGUGUGGGCUGCACUCACUUUUUUUAAAGGUCAGCAUACACUUGAGAGUUUUAGUUGAGUCAUUUAACAGAUUUUUAGUUAUUUGUGUUGGAACAUAGACACUACCGGUCAUUUCCGUUGUGUUUUAAGCAUUGAACAGAAAGGCGUGCCUUUUUAGAGAACCGUGUCUCUUGUUACACAACCAGUUUGAAGUCCAGACAUAGCUGAGGUGCAUUCAGAUGCUGAAGAAAAGAAUAAGGUGCAGGAGGUUGUUCACAAGUCUUGGACAAAAACUGUAGCAGUGCUUUGACGUGGCAGGUUAUGGAAAUAAGAUUUACAUUAGUUAGUUCUCACGAAUACAUGCAUACGCCAUUAGUGGGUCUGGUGCGAACCCCACUGUCAUUUAUUUCAGUGCGUGGUAUUUGUUUGGCUGCCACAUGUGUAGGUUCUUUCCUGCAACUUGCCAAACAUUUCCAAAUGAAAGAACACGAAGGUUAAGUCUCAACUGUGACCGUUUUGAUCAGAAUAAUCCAUCUCCUGAUGACUGAGCCCGAGUUAUCCUUCAGCAGCAGUGUUGGGAACAGUAAGAAGAGACUCUUUACAUAUUAAUAGAACCUUUUUUAAAAAAUACAAUUACAAAGUUUGAAGAUUAAAACCCUGCUCCUAAUGUGUAAAAAAAACAAAAAAAUAUAUAUUUAAAUGUGAAACAUGCAUGAGCUCAUGAUUCCUGGAAAGGUUAAUCUGGACUUGAAGUUAUUUUUUGUCUAGUCUAUCAGCCUGCACAUACUGAACAUUCUCAUCAGUGAGAAUGAAUCAACAAAUGUCAGUGCGUUUUCUUACCCGCGAGUAUCUGAGACUGUGACCAAAGCUCUUGCACACAGCUAUGUAUUAACUACUGGGCUAAUGCUUAUUGCCGUAGUAAAAUCAUGUUUAAAGUUAAACAGAUUAUCUUUCAUCUAUACAAACAAAUGAAAUGGAAUAUAUUCUGUCAGAUUUAAACUGCUUGUCUAUGCUGCAAAAUACUUGGUACAGUGGGAGUACCUGGACAUGUCGGACUCACAACUAGUUAAUAAUCAUCCCUGAAGUCUGAAUAUUUUUCAUAUUUCACUACCCAAUCCUUACUGCAUUGUAAGACUGACACAUUUUCCAUGACCCUGCGCUUUGUCACCAAGUUUAAGUUAGACAUCUUAAAUCGCCCACGUGUUGAAAAUAAAAUAUUUCCAUUUUUUGUAUGUAUGUGUGUAU